CGCGGGACCGCGGGGGGCCAGAGCGCGAGAGCGCGGCCGCGUAGAGUCGCGCGCGCGGAACCGCCGCCGGGUUGCUGGGCGAUUCUCCGGGAGGUGCUCGUGUUCCCGCCGGAGUCCGGCGCAGAUAAAUUUAGAAAAUGCCAACUAGGAAAUUUGCCAAUGGUGAAGUGGUGAGAGGUCGAUGGCCUGGGAGUUCACUUUAUUAUGAAGUAGAAAUUCUGAGCCAUGACAGCAACUCCCAGCUUUACACUGUGAAGUACAAAGAUGGAACCGAACUUGAACUGAAAGAGAAUGAUAUCAAGCCUCUAACUUCCUUUAGGCAAAGGAAAAGUGGCUCUUCUUCAAGUUCUCCCUCCAGACGCCGAGGAAGUCGGUCAAGGUCACACUCCCGAUCCCCUGCUCGGCCCCCCAAACCUUCCCACCGCUCCGCCUCUGCUUCCCACCAGGCCGACAUUAAGGAAGCAAGGAAGGAAAUAUUGGAAGUUAAAUUGACGCCACUGGUUUUGAAGCCCUUUGGAAAUAGCAUCAGCAGAUAUAAUGGGGAGCCUGAGCACAUAGAGAGGAACGACAUACCCCACAAAAAUGUGCAGGAAAAAGUACAUUUUCCACAAGAAAGUAGUUAUAUAUCUCCACAGUAUAGCCUUCGUCCAAGAAGAGAAGAGAACAAAUUUAAAGAAAUAGAUUCUAAGGAAGAAAAAUUCGUUACAAAAGGACCUGCAUCAUUGAAAACCUUUGAAGUGACAAACACACAGACAAAGGAUUUGGAGUUUGGAGGAGUACUUGGUGCGUCUUUCAUCAUGCUCAGCCUGCCUGCUUUCCUCUUCCUGUUGCUAUUGAUGUGCAGACAGGCAGACCCCAGACUUCUGAAUUUUCCUCCUCCUUUGCCAGCUUUGCAUGAUUUAUGGGAAACCAGAGUGUUGGGGGUCUACCUUUUCUGGUUUUUUCUUCAAGCUCUGUUCUACCUACUGCCGAUUGGAAAGGUUGUAGAAGGAAUGCCUCUUGUUAAUGGAAGACGACUCAAGUAUAGAUUGAAUGGAUUCUAUGCUUUUCUCCUGACAUCUACAAUCAUUGGAGCAUCUGUCUUCUGGGGCAUAGAGCUUUAUUACGUGUACAAUCAUUUCCUUCAGUUUGCAGUUGCAGCUAUUGUUUUCUCUGUAGUCCUGAGCAUUUACCUCUAUGCACGGUCUUUGAAAGUACCCAGAGAUGAACUGUCACCUGCCAACUCUGGAAAUGCUGUCUAUGAUUUCUUCAUUGGCCGUGAAUUAAAUCCUCGAAUUGGUACUUUUGAUCUCAAAUACUUUUGUGAAUUGCGCCCUGGAUUGAUUGGAUGGGUUGUUAUUAAUCUGGUGAUGCUUUUGGCUGAGAUGAAAUUACAGGAUCGUGCUACUCCAUCCUUAGCAAUGGUUUUGGUUAACAGUUUCCAGCUCUUAUACGUGGUGGAUGCUCUUUGGAACGAGGAAGCUUUAUUGACCACCAUGGACAUUAUCCAUGAUGGAUUUGGAUUCAUGCUGGCUUUUGGAGAUUUAGUGUGGGUUCCAUUUAUCUACAGCUUCCAAGCCUUUUAUUUAGUCAGUCAUCCACAUGAAGUGUCUUGGCCAGUUGCUUCUCUAAUUGUUGCUCUGAAACUUUGUGGGUAUGUUAUCUUCCGAUGUGCGAAUUCUCAGAAAAAUGCAUUCCGGAAAAAUCCUACUGAUCCAAAGCUUGCGCAUUUAAAAACCAUUCAGACUUCAACGGGGAAAAAUCUUCUAGUUUCUGGAUGGUGGGGCUUUGUUCGCCACCCCAAUUACCUGGGUGAUCUCAUUAUGGCCCUGGCUUGGUCCCUUCCGUGCGGUUUUAAUCAUAUUUUGCCUUACUUCUAUGUGAUUUAUUUCACUAUGUUGCUUAUCCACCGAGAAGUUCGUGAUGAAUACCAUUGCAAAAAGAAAUAUGGCCUGGCUUGGGAAAAGUACUGUCAGCGUGUGCCAUACCGUAUAUUUCCAUACAUUUACUAAUUUUCUUCUAUUGUAUUUUUAAAAUGCCUUUGCAAAUUCUAGCUUCCAUUUGCAAAAACAGAAAUAGAAAAAUCCCAAACAAACCUUCUUCCAUUGCACUGACAGGAUCUGUAAGUUUUCUGUUGCUUUUUGAGUCAGGACUAGAGAACCAAGUCAUAAGUCUUUUUAAUAUAGCCAUGUUUAUUUUUAUUAAAACAACACAAUGAAAAAUUUGAGGAUGUUAGGAUUUGCCUUUUAGCAGGAAAUUUUCAAUCCUUAAAAAUCUGAAAACAGAAGAUAGUCUUAUGACUGAAAAGAUUACUUUAAUGUUUAUAGUUUUAAAUUUUCAAAUUUCGAUUUUUUUUUUUUUUGCCUGUUGGUUUUCCCUCAAUGAAAACACUUUUAAAAUACAUUUUUUUAGAUUACGUUAGAGCAUUGAAUUUUCAUUUAUUUCCUUUUCAUUAAAUCAUUUUCUAGUUACAUGAUUUGAAAGUGAAAACCGGUCCUAUAUUAAAUGCUGUAUGUGAAAAGGAAUGAGAGAUUAUUAGCAGACACUGUUUUAAGGGGACCAUUAGUAGCAGUUGUCUUAACUUUGACUUCUAAAACUGCUUUUGAAAAUGUAAAUACAUAGCUUACUUGUAUGUAAUAUAUGGUGACUUCAUAUUUUUCUGUACAGUAUUUUGAAUGUGUGAUAAUUGUCAAGGCUAAGUGUUUUUUAACAAAAAAAAUUCAGUAUUUUAAAUUAAGUUUUGUAAAGUAUUACAUUUGUGAAUUAAAAAUUUUGAAACAAUUAGAAUUCAUUUAAUAUUGUAUAGAAGAUGCUAUUAAAACAUAGGAAGGGUAUUUUUCUUAAUCCAAAGUUUGUGAAUUUGGCUUUGCUACCUCAAUUGCAGGUGUUUGUUUGCCUUUAUAAACUGUUGCAAAUAGAAAAAAUAGAAUAAAUAUAUAUUUUUGGAGUAACAUCACUAUUUAAACAUUUUUACAGAUUGGUGUUUGAAAAUUUGCCACUUCAGGCUAAUAUUUUUCUAUGUUUUUGACUUUUUAAGUUAAACAUGUUUUUGCUACUGUUUAGUUCAUGCAGUUUAUACUGUAUUUUGUAUAUCCUUUAUAUUUAAAAACCUUUACCCCCUGUAAAGGAGUGUUCUGUUCAUCUUUAGAAGUCUAUUCAUUUAAAAACAAUUCAAGGGAAUAGUUUAAAUUAGUUUCUCUCUUUUAGUUUAAUACUUGUGUAUAAGGUAGCUUUAGCCUUCACUAUAUUCUAGUGAAGUUGAUAUAAUCUCAUUUAUUAAUUGUCCUAUAAUGGAACAGUAGCAAAUUCACUAAGCUUUUGUAUUAAAAAGUUAAAUUGUUCUCAAUAUCUUAAACAUAGGGGAAUCUCAUAAAUAUAGUGUGUAUGUUUGGGUUUUAAUUAAUACAUUUUAUAUAUGAGCCAUUUAGAUAUGCAGUGUUCAUUCUACAUUGCAAUUUGAAGUGUUUGUAAUUUAGCGUAUGUUAAUGUGAUCAUGAAAUAGGUUUGCUCUAGCAUUCUGCAGCCUAUGGCCUUUAAACAUUGUUUUGGUGAAAUGUCAGUGUUUUGUUAGUACUGGUGUAUGCAUGCAGUUUUGUAUGCUUUUCUUCUGGCAUCAGAAAGUGAUGUCCCAGCAUAUUCUGUACCAGAUCAACAAGGAAUCUUUGGGGGAGAAGGAAGGACAUUUAAUUCUUUACCUGGUAAUGAAGAGCCCUUUACUACCACAGUGCUGCAGUUUUUGGAUAAUAUGAGCUACAACUUGUUUUUAAUUUUGUUUUUGACAUGUUUAUUUGAGAAGUAGAAGUUUUAUAAUGAAGUUUUAAGUUUGAAAUAAAGUUGAAAAUAAAAACAUGUUGCUUUGAUCA